AUGGUAGAUAAUUUCUCGAGGCCGCGACAAGCAAGUCUGCGGAGGCGGAACGAAUCGCCCAGUCCUCUGAUACAUGCCUCACGGUUUGGUGCAGAACCGCAAGAAGAACAAACAUUUAAUAAUGGGUCAAUCUUCAGUACAAGAGAUCGUGGUCUUUCAUCCGCCUCCUCACAAUCGGGUCAACAAUUCCCUACACCUGCACCUACACCUGCACCUACACCUGCACCUACACCUACACUCCGCCCGUCUGCAUCGAUCCCGGAUUACCAUACUGCGGAUUUAAAUAAUGCGAGACAGCGCAAUAUUCCACAGGCGAAUUUCAGGCCUAGGACAGGAAUCAACAGACCCGAUAGCAAUAACUCUUCCAUAUAUCGACGUGAACCCCCAAUUCGCCCACCAAACUUUGACGACGAGGAAGUCAGGGCAAGCUUCAGAUCUGCUCUAACUACGAACUCGAGCUACUUUGGAACAAGUGGAACGGAAAGGAGCAGCGUGUUGACGAAAAGCAGUUCACAUACUUCUUUCUUUGGGGGAAAAGACGAAGGAAUGAGUGUGGAUGAUGCAAUUGGCAUGUACGAAGGUGGAUUUAUGGAUUCAGGAGUUGAAGAUAAUGAUUUAGAGGACAAGCUCUUUGAGGCCGGUGCGGACAUCAGGCCGAGGUCUGUAUAUCGAGGCGAGGCGUUUGAUGAGGAUGACGAGGAUGACGAGUUUCGACCAAUGACACCGAGCUCGGAAAGGAGACAAUCGAAGAUUGAAGAGGCAAUGGAUGAUUCUUUUGCGCCACCUCCUGCUCUGGAUUCGUCGCAAUUUUCGAUUCGAGGUUCUACUCAAAUGUUUCAUGUCAAAGCAUUUGAAGUAGAAAGUGCAGCAGGCAUUUCAAAUUUUGCCCCGGAGGACUUUCCAGAAUCGAAAGAGCUUGAUGGUGCGGGGGCAUCUCUUGAGGGUGAAAAUGGGUUUUCCGAACCGCAUUCAGCGGUGCCGCCCCCAGCACCGGUCAAUCCGCCAGAUCCAGCUAGAGAUCGGUAUGGGUUCAAGAAAAAGACACAAUACGUGUCGUUGGAGGAAUAUGAGGCUUGGAGUGGCCCUUAUAAUGAAUAUGUUGAGAGAAGGCGAAAGAAGUGGGUGUCAUUGAUGAAGGAUCAUAGUUUGAUCACCGAUAAGCCAAUUCGAUUUCCACCAAAAUCAAAUAAAGUCAAGCGUUUCGUCCGCAAGGGAAUCCCGCCUGAUUGGCGGGGAGAAGCAUGGUUUUGGUACGCAGGUGGUCCAGCUAUGGUGAGCAAACACUAUGGUGUGUAUGACAGCCUCGUGAAGCAAGCCGCCGCUGGCGGGGUUAACGAGACGGACGACGAAAUUAUUGAGCGGGAUCUCAAUCGCACGUUCCCGGAUAAUAUCAAAUUUAAACCGGAUCCUCCUCCUGCUUCCGAGAAGCGAAACAGCCAACCUAGCAUAAAGGAACCGGAGACCCCAAUGUUGAAAUCGUUGCGGAGGGUAUUGCAAGCUUUUAGUAUUUAUAAUCCAAGGAUAGGGUAUUGUCAGAGUUUAAACUUUUUGGCGGGUUUGUUGUUACUAUUUAUGGAUGAAGAGAAGAGUUUUUGGAUGUUGAAUAUCAUCACAAGGGUUUAUUUACCAGGAACCCACGAGGUUAAUCUGGAAGGCGCAAAUGUGGAUUUAGGAGUACUAAUGACUAGCAUUAAGGAAUCGAUGCCUGCGAUAUGGGCUAAGAUUGGAGGAGAACUCGAUGGCACGGCUGGAGACGGGAGGCUUUCCAUGCGUCUUCCACCAAUCACGUUGUGUACCACAGCUUGGUUCAUGUCAUGCUUUAUUGGCACCCUUCCAAUUGAGACUACACUACGCGUUUGGGACAGCUUUUUCUUCGAAGGAUCGAAGACUCUUUUCCGCAUCGCUCUAGCGAUCUUCAAAGUAGGGGAACAGGAAAUCAGGGCCGUUUCAGAUCCCAUGGAAAUCUUCCAAGUUGUUCAAACCAUUCCUCGGAGACUUGUUGAUGCCAAUGGACUUAUGGAUGCAUGCUUCCGGCGAAGAAAUGGUUUCGGGCAUAUUAGCCAGGAAACUAUCGAGCAACGCAGAGCAGAUCGCAGGAAAGGGUACGCGGAAGAAAGAGCCAUUGCGAAUGGGGAGAUCCCGCCCAAGAGAGGGGGAACAUUCUUUUCAAAGAAAAAAAUUAGGAGUGCGGAGACUUAA